CGGCAUCAGGACUCCCCGGCAGGUUCCUCUGCCCGGCUCCCCCCCCCCCCCCCUUCAUCCCCUCCUCCGGAAGAAUCACUUCGGUUGUUGGAACUGGUUACAGGAGCACCAUCCAUCCAUUCACCGAGAGAAAAGGUUUUUUACUUGACUAAUUGUCCAUCGAGCAUCCUAUCCGGAAAACGAUGGGGCGUUUGACUGAGGUUUGCUGUCUUCUUUUGCUUUGAUGACUGAAUUGGGGACUUGCCAUGCCCCCCUCUUGUAUUUGCAAGACAUAUUCACUGAGAAAACAUUAGGCUAUUCACUGGAAGCCGCACCGAGAUCUCCUGCGCGCAGGACGCGUCAUGUAAAUGCUUCUCCUCGCCUUCAUCACGACCGGGGCGUCGGGUGCGGGGAUGCCGCCCCAGUAGCGCGCUCACACCCUGCCGGUUCUCAGACAGAUCGCCGGGAUUUCCGUUUUUUUGGGCGACAUGGAAAGCUGGAGCCGGGCGGUGACCGUCGGGGACCGGGCGGUCAACCUGACGGCGGCCAGCCUCUGGCUGGAUCUGCCCAACGCGUCCAGCCCGUCCAGCCGGUGGGACGGGAACGGCCAGCGGCGCCUGGUCCGGGAGCAGGCUUACCGGGACUUCACCACCACCAUCCAGCUGCUCAUCCUCGCAGGUUCCCUGCUCGGGAAUGCCACCGUGCUGUGGUGCACCUGCUGCACCAGCGUCUUCAAGUCGGUGACCAACCGAUUCAUCCAAAACCUGGCCUGCUCGGGGAUCUGCGCCGGCCUGGUGUGCAUCCCCUACGACGUGGCCCUGGGGGCCAGUCCCCGCUGCUGCCUGUGGCUCCACACGCUGCUGCUCUGCAAGGCCCUGAAGUUCCUCCACAAGCUCUUCUGCUCCGCCACCGUGCUCAGCUUCAGCGCCAUCGCCCUGGACCGAUACUACUCUGUGCUGUACCCUCUAGAGAGGAAAAUCUCUGAAGCGAGAUCUCGAGAGCUGGUCGUCUACAUCUGGGUCCACGCGGCGGUGGCCAGCCUCCCCGUGUUUGCCGUGACCAACGUGACCGACGUCUACGUCAGCUCGUCCUGCUCGGACGACCACGCCCACUCCGUGGGCCACGUGGUCUACGUGCUGGCCUACAACAUCACCACGGUGAUCCUGCCCCUCACCCUGGUCUUCCUCCUGAUGCUCCUGAUCCGCAGGGCGCUCAGCGCCAGCCAGAAGAAGAAGGUGAUCAUCGCGGCGCUGCGCACUCCCCAGAACAGCAUCUCCAUCCCCUACGUUUCCCAGAGAGAGGCGGAGCUGCACGCCACCCUGCUGGCCGCCGUCCUGGCCUUUUCCGCCUGCAGCGCCCCCUACGGGGUCCUGGUGAUCUAUCGCACCGUUUUGGUGGACACCGGAGAGAUGCCCGUCCUGCUGUAUCUCACGGCUCUUUGGCUCCCCAAGGUGUCUCUGCUCACCAACCCGCUGCUGUUCCUCACCGUCAACCGCUCGGCGCGUCACAGCUGGCUGGACCUCCUGGCCCGGGUUCACAGACGCUACAGCCGCCGCAACGUGGUCAGCUCUGGAGGCCUGGCCUCCCUAGGGGGCGAGGGGGUCAUCGGAGAGCCAGUGGGACUGGAGGCGGCUGGUCGCUCCGGGAGCCAGCUUCUGGAGAUGUUUAACAUUGGCCAGCAGCAGAUAUUCAAACCUUCUGAAGAAGAAGAAGAAGAAGAGGAGGAGGUAGAGAAUGAGAUCCCCGCCAAAGGAUUAGGAAGCUGCUCGGGAUCCAUAGAGGACCAGAAGGCUGUGACAAGACUAGGGAGCCUCAAAGGGGAAGUGAACACAAAAAUGGACUCUGGAGCAGUGGUCAUCACUAAGGAAGUGCCUCCUUCAGCCACAGCACCGCGAUCAUCCCCGGUCCACACGUGUGCUUACACCUCCUCAUCACAGGUGGCUCCCGCUACCCCCACAGAAGCCGGGGACUCCCCUCAGUUCGGCUUCGGACCUUUUGAGCUGCCUCCGCAGUGGUUGCCCGAGACCAGGAACAGCAAGAAAAGGCUGCUGCCCCCACUGGGCAACACUCCCGAGGAGCUGAUCCAGACCAAACUGCCCCGGCCGCGGCCCGAACGCCGCAUCAGCAGAAACAACAAGGUCAGCACCAUUCCCACCGUGGACCCGUGAAUUAGCCGGCCUCAAAUCCGCCAUGCUGGACACACGUUGGUACAGGAGAGACCCCCUGGACCAGAAGCCCUCAGAAUGACUCAGGUGUAUGUGUGACUUCUAUUAAACAUUUUUACUCUUUUGCAGUUGUCAUCAUGGAGCAAAUUAAAAUGUCACACCGUUCUGAGCAAAAAGAAAACCCACCUGAGGCACUGCAGUAUUCAUAAUGGAUGAAAAUCAAUUUGCUAUCAAAUAUACACAAUGUGAGAAAUGUGUUUGUAUUACCACUGAUCUGAAUGACCUGGUUUCAUAUCUUAGCAACCCCCACAAUGACUAAACCAUGUAGAGGGCAGAUCUUUCUUUUUUUAUUGCCUCUUGAUUCCCUCCUGGCGCUUAGUAUCCACGAACAAAAAACACUGAAAUAUGGCCACGGUACAAAAAUCAAGAGAGAAUUAUCAAUGACACAAUUCGUAGUUUGGGUUCGGUUUUGCUGUGACUGAUUGCAUGAACACAUAUUAUCUUUCACCUCAUCAAUCACAAGACCAUUUUUGUAGCCAUGUUUUACUGAAAUAUUUGGAAUUAAUGUUCCAUUUACUGCCUUUUUUCCUCACAUUACUUUCUACGAUGUUCCAAUCUCCACAAACGUUUUAGAUGUUGUUUGUACUUUGUACGUAUGUUUCAUAUUAUGACAAUACAGAUGUACAUUAUGCAAAAUACAUGCCUG